AUGGCGGCAAGUCAGAGUGAUCUGGAUAGACAGAUUGAACAGCUGAAGCGCUGCGAGUAUCUCAAGGAGUCAGAAGUUAAAGCAUUAUGUCAGAAGGCGCGCGAGAUCCUCGUGGACGAAAGCAAUGUGCAGCGUAUUGAUGCCCCUGUAACGAUCUGCGGUGACAUUCACGGUCAAUUUUACGAUCUUAAAGAGCUAUUCAACGUGGGUGGCGAAUGUCCCGAGACAAACUAUCUGUUUAUGGGCGACUUUGUUGACCGUGGAUUUUACAGUGUGGAAACAUUUUUGCUGCUGCUCGCACUAAAGGUGCGGUACCCCGAUCGCAUUACGCUGAUUCGUGGUAAUCACGAAAGUCGUCAGAUCACCCAGGUGUACGGCUUCUAUGAUGAGUGCCUUCGCAAGUAUGGCUCGGUGAAUGUAUGGCGAUAUUGCACGGAGAUUUUUGAUUAUUUAAGCUUGUCGGCGAUUAUCGAGGACAAGAUUUUUUGCGUUCACGGCGGGUUGUCUCCAUCGAUUAACACGCUUGAUCAGAUUCGUAUCAUUGACCGUAAGCAAGAAGUUCCGCACGAUGGGGCUAUGUGCGACCUUAUGUGGUCCGAUCCGGAAGAUAUUGACGGCUGGGGACUUAGUCCUCGUGGUGCUGGUUAUCUUUUCGGCGGUGAUGUUGUGGAGAAGUUUAAUGAGACAAAUGACAUCCAGCUUAUCUGCAGAGCGCAUCAGCUUGUGAUGGAAGGGCACAAAUCCAUGUUUAGUAGUGCAUUGGUGACUGUUUGGUCGGCGCCCAACUACUGCUACCGUUGCGGCAAUGUCGCGGCAAUCUUGGAGAUGGACGAACAUUUGGAACAGCGAUUUAAGAUUUUCGAGGCUGCACCGCAAGACGCACGUGGUGUGCCUGCAAAGAAGCCGGCUCCUGACUAUUUUUUUAUGCUACACAUCAUAGCACGAAGCAAUAUGGGUAACCUUGUGGACAGCUUACUUUUGGUGGCGGUUGUCGUUUCUUCUUUGCUACGCAUGGGCAUGAUAGUGCAGACUAUAUUAACAAACGGAUUUCCUCGAUACUUAGCGCAACGCGAAUUAAAGCUAAGUUUUGUGCGAAAAACAGUUAAGAGCUUGAUCGUAAGCUUUAGAGCACAUCGCUUAAGCUAG